CUUCACCAUGGUGAAAACUGAGGGCCCGAGGAGUCUGUACAGUGGAUUGGUGGCUGGGCUUCACAGACAGAUGAGCUUUGCCUCAGUCCGCAUCGGCCUGUACGACACCAUGAAGCAGGUCUACACCAGGGGGUCAGAAAAUGGAGAGAUUUUUCCCCUCCAUUCUGCAGACCUGCUGUCUAUCAUCCAGUGCACCAGAAUUAGGUUAACAAGUUAAACCUGUCUGAGUGUGAGGAAGUGCUCUGCUCUGAAGCUUUGUAGUGUGCCUGUCCUCAAAAUACAGGAAUCGGGGCUCGGCUGCUAGCAGGCUGCACCACGGGGGCGAUGGCAGUGACCUUCGCUCAGCCCACUGAUGUGGUCAAAGUCAGGUUCCAGGCUCAGGUCCGACUGCCUGAGAGUGGCUCUGUGAAGAGAUACAGCAGCACCAUUGAGGCCUACAAGACCAUUGCCAGGGAUGAGGGCGUUAAAGGCCUCUGGAAAGGCUGUCUACCAAACAUAGCUCGUAAUGCCAUCGUAAACUGCUCCGAGUUGGUGACCUAUGACAUCAUCAAAGAGCUCAUUCUGAAGUACAAUCUGAUGACAGACAACAUGCCCUGUCACUUCACAGCAGCCUUCGCAGCAGGUUUCUGCACCACGAUUGUAGCGUCUCCAGUGGAUGUGGUAAAAACACGCUUCAUGAACUCAGUGCCCAGGCAGUACAGCGGUGCUAUGAACUGUGCCUUAACCAUGCUGAUUAAAGAGGGACCCACAGCUUUCUAUAAGGGAUUUAUGCCCUCGUUUCUUCGUCUGGGUUCCUGGAACAUUGUGAUGUUUGUGAGUUUCGAGCAGAUUAAGAGAGGUGUGAUAAGAUUUCAGAAGGCCUGGGAGUCUCCGCUCUGACCUGUCUAACAGGUGAUUUGGCACUGUGUGGUGCAGCUGUUGCGGCAAAGCACUGUCUGUACAAACCAAGACAUCCUUAAGACAGACAGUUUGGUUAUGACUGCUGCAGAUCCUGACCUGUUCUUCCUCAGGGAUAAAACUAAACUGCAGGGAUGAUUUAUGUUGAAGUUUUGCUGACUGGUUCCCAAUAUUACUUUAUUAAUCCUAAAGGAAAUGGUGUGCAGUGUGAGCAGAGAAGUUGCAGAGAAGUCACAGGUUCUGGCCACAGACGAAGGUCAAUUAAAACACGUAGUGUGAGUUAACACAUCCCACAAGAUUGAUCAAAUCUACUGGCACACUUGAACAAAGCAGAGCCAUCGUUAAUGUUAUUAGUAACACGCGCUGUUCCUACCAUGAAAAGUUCAAAUAUCUGGGCUGUUCUGUCUUUACGCACAUUAUUGUCUUGGUUGGGUUUUUUGUACUAACGUCUGGUUUUAGGUAAAACUCUCCUGUUUUUAUGACAAUGUGAAAGAAAUCUACUGUUAAUAUGCAUAUUUUGGAAUAAGGGUUGUAGUCAACAGUUAUUUUGAUUAUAGGUUAAUUUAAUUAUUUUAUCUACAAUUAGUGACUUGGUCUUUUGGUCUUUAAAAUGCCAGAAAAUAGUGAAUAAUGUUUCAUCAAUUGAUUGUUUUAUCCAACUAGCUCUCCAAAUCCCCCAAAUAUUUAAUCUAAUGUCACAUGAUACAAAGAACAGCAGCAAAUCCUCACAACUGAGAAUCUGGAACUAGGGAAUAUUUGACUUAUUGUUUUAGCUCUAUUAGGAAUGAGCCAUGCAGUCUGUACUGCCAAAGUUUUAUUAAAAAUAAAUAAUAAUAAUUAUAAUACAAAAACACAGCAGAAGUUUUUAAUAAUGUCAAUGAUACAUAAAAUAUAAAUAUUUAAGUUUUUAUUUGUAUUCUAGGUAUAUCAUACAAUUACAACGACACAUUUCACAAAUGAAAUAAAAUAUGAAUGGAAUAAACCAAAAAUAUCCAUUAUGAUUUUGUUUUUGUUUUUGUUUUGUUUGUUUGUUUUUUGUUUUUGUUUUGUUUUUUGCCUGUUUGCGAGGGCAGAUGCAAAAAAAAAAAAGGAGGUCAGCCAAACACUGACCUACAUUUGGACAGAAUGAACCCCACCAAGCAUCACUCUAUACCUGCUCUACUACUGAAUGCUGUUAUAGAUACUCUACUGUAUAAUCCCUUCUACACUAGAGCUUUCAGGUGAACAGUGUGAAGACAAAACACCUCUUAACUGUGAGAUAUGACCACUGACAAAAUGCUUUUCAGGCUAGAUUUUUAUAACCACUGCGUUUAUAUUACAUUACCUCAUAAUAUCUGGCCAUAUUUUUAGAACAUGGUCUAAUGUCAAAAAACACUUCAUGUAUACAGUAAUUUAAUGGUAUAGCUUAUUUAUGAAAUAUAUAAAAUUUUUCAGCAUAGAGCAACUUUGCAGUAUUUUAACUUAUAAUUAUUAAAUAGUGUAUAUACAAGCUCUACAUUUGUCUGUGUAAAAAUAACCAGGCCCUCCACCAAACAAUACAGAGAUGUGGAGGUGAAUGAGGUGAGAAAUACAAAACAAUCAGCUGACAGACAAGAAAAUUGCCCAAUUUGAGUCUUGUAGGACAAAAGAGGCUGCUGACAAAGAUGUAACUGAAGUCUGCGGUGUAACAAAAGCCUCUGAACACACUCCACCUUGCUAAUCACCUCCUGUCGUACCAGCACGGUUUCUCCAUGGUUGAAUUGGUAUGGCAAGCGUCUCUGGGCCAUAUGGCACUCUGGCUAACCCUCACGAGCGCCAAGAUGAGUCAAUGGAGGGAGGGAAAGUUCAAAGAUACUGAACAGGUGAUGAGUUUUACAAGAUUACCACUGGAUUUUUUUCAAAAGACAUACUGGUAAAUAUCAGGGUGGACAGGGUUAAUGGUUGAGUUUGAAGGAGAAAAAAAGUGGAGUCAUUAGUCCUUUGCCGACCUUGGCAGGAGUCUCUGCACGCUAAUGAUGAGAGAUAUCGAGUGACGGUGAGCAGUUCAAGUCCACUGAAACAGCAGUGUUCUGUUCAGUAUUGUUUCAGACUCAAGGAAACACAAAUAUGUUCUUACCAGACAUGAAGAUAGACAUGUUUUAUUUUUGUGCAGUCAACCAUUUACAAUCUCUGUUGUUGUUUGUUACCACAGUCAUCAGACACAACCAGUUCUCUCACUUUCUGGAACAAACUACUUAGUGUCUGGAUAGAGGCCUUUAGUUGAGAAACCAAUUAUGCAUAAAAUGAUUAGAACAUGUGAUUUUGGCGAAGAACCAAGACUCAACAGCUGUUGAUCAUCACUGCUUCUAUUUGUUAUCUAGUGUAGUAUCUCAAACAGAAGAGUGACCAAAUGUUUGCACACUGUAUGUUACAAGGUCCUAUUUAUUGGAUAGUGUCACAGUAAAUUCUAUGUUUUUAUUUAUUUAAUGUAGUAAAGUUAAGUCACUCAGAACUUGUUUCUACUGGGUUUUGGAAAACUUUUGGGAAAUGUAGAAAAUCACUAAUCCCAAGAAGACAAGGCAAGUUUU